AUGGACCCUGAAAAUCUGCCUAUUGGUCUUCUCGAGCUACUAGCAAGCUCAACACUGCUAUUGAUUACUUAUUCCCGACGCGAAGCUCUCGCCAUUGGACCAAAUAUGACCGAAGCUCAGGCUAACGAACAUCAAUUAUGCUUCAUCCCGGCGUGUCUGACCCAAUAUGAGAGCACCACCGUUCCGACAUCGCACGCAGUCGGUCUCUAUCCGACGAGGAGAGGUGAGAUCUGA